AUGAGUAAGUGCUUACUCGCGCUCGCACUCGUCCUGUCUGCUGACGGUGGCUUUCUUUCGGCCUUAGCAGCCGAGAAGCAAACCGAGACGACGAAGCCGAAUACGGAACCAGCCAGUCAGUCUGAAGUGGACAGCAAACGAAUGCUUCGAGGUGCUGUCAAAGAAAGUAUGCCAACUCCGGCAUUUGCGAUGGAUAUGCUGGCGACAGCAGGCGUGGCCGGUUUGGCAGAUGUCAACUUGGCCCUUAUAGAGCGUACCGGCGGGCCCCUUUCAAGAUUCGACGUUCCGCCAGCUGGUCAUCUCGCGCCCGAACUAAUUCCAGACUUGGCUCGUGGGACAAUAGCGGCGGCAGUACAACGGCUCGAGACCGCUGACCUUCAAGUUCCAUUGCGUGAUAUGUCGUUCGAGCAGUUCUUUCAUGCAGUAGAGGCUGCUGCUGCUGCCGAGCAUUAA